AAUCCGGCAAUAAAACCCCAAAGACGGGCAUAAACAGUUAAACACCAAUCACCACCUGUGGAAGACCACGCAGCAUCGGAAAGUUAGCUCUCCCAGUGAUUAUUCUCGAAUCGAUUCGCGUUUGAGCCGGUAACCCAGUGCUGAAUGUUCAACAGGUCCUUCACAGUCUCUAGACAUGCUUAAGGUCCCAGCUCAUCAAGUUGCUGGUCACCAAGCCAUUGAUGGAAAGAUUGGCCCCCUUGUCGAUGAUUCGGGACGAUUCUACAAGCCUCUCCAGAGUGAUGAACGUGGGGUCAAUGAAGUAGCAUUCUAUACCUCAUUCUCUUCCAAUAAGAAGAUCCCAGAUCACAUUCGUAGGUUCUUUCCUGUAUUCCAUGGCACUCAGCUUGUGCAAGCAUCUGAUGGAUCUGGAAUGUGUCCUCACCUUGUUUUGCAAGACCUUGCCUCAAGUCACAUAAAUCCAUCCAUCAUGGACAUUAAAAUCGGCACCAGAACCUGGCCUCCACGAGCAUCUGAGGACUAUAUAGCAAAAUGCUUGAAGAAAGAUCGCGAAAGCACAAGUACAGAAUUGGGUUUCAGGAUAUCGGGGUUCCAGAUAUACAGAAGCAAAGAAUCAGGAUAUUGGAAACCCGACAAAGGGUAUAUCCGGAGUUUUUCGGCAGAGGAUGUUAGAGUAAUUCUGAGGAAAUUUGUUUCGUCUAAUGUAUCAGCGGACUCAGAUUCGGAUCCAGAUUGUGCUUUUGCGUCUACUGUUUAUGGGGGUUCGAACGGGAUUUUGGCGCAACUUCUGGAGCUGAAAGCAUGGUUUGAAGAUCAAACUAUUUUCCAUUUCUAUACUUGUUCAGUGCUUAUGAUGUUUGAAAAGGAGUUGGCUUUGAAGGGAAGGAGCUCAUGUGCAGAGGUCAAACUGGUUGAUUUUGCGCAUGUUGUGGAAGGUAGAGGUGUUAUUGAUCAUAACUUUUUGGGUGGGCUUUGUUCAUUUAUAAAGUUUGUUUCGGAGAUACUUACUGGUCCAGUUGAGAGCCCUCCCAAAUCUUGUCUGCAGGACUCUGAGAGGAACUGAUUGUGUAACACCAAUGGUGCUAUGGAAUGAGCCUUUUAAUCAUUAAUUUCGCUGCUAGCAGUCUGUACUGCCUUUCUAGGGCAUUUUCUGAAUUGCUUAGUUUCAGGCUUGGCAUUGUAGUUUACUGCAUGAGUCUCAAUGUUCUUCACAUUACUAAAUUUAUCUGAAGAGAUUUGAACUGGAUUCUUCUC